AUGUGGGUAAAAUGUUUUUUGGGUCUUUUUGCUGUAGUUACGGUUACGGCAAUAAGAGUUCCAGUAAAUGAGGUAUCAGAAGAAAAGGAUGGCGCUUCCGCACUAAUCCCUUCUGAAGAGGGGCCUAGUGAGCCGAAAUACUACACCCCGGAUGACAUUAAAUUAGAAACUUAUCUAUUACCUCCCGAAACUCAAAGAUAUCAGGAGGUAAUAUUAGACGUUUUAGCGUCGCCAGCAUCAUACUUGCUGCCUCCAGCAAUAGGUAAGCAAUCAGACUACCAUUACGAAGGGACAAGCACAGGUCAGCAGAGUGAUUGGUAUCCAGUAACACAAAUAUCCCAGACUUCUGACGUAGAACCGAUAAUACUACCAGAAUUGAACGAAACGGAAGCAAUUAAAAUAUUAGAGUACAUGAGAAAUGGUAAAGUUCUUCAUAACGACCGCUUUUCUUUGCCGACACCCUCAACAGCAUUACAACCGCCUGCUCCUGAUGCACCUAAUGAUUACAUAGUUUUAAACACGUCCGAAGAGCUUGAAUUGCCUGCAAAUAAUAAUCCGAGAUUGAAAAUACGUCAAAACGUUGACAAACGACGACCUAUUUAUUAUAAUGUGGAUCAAAGCAGAUUCAAUCCCAAUCUACAGUCUAUUUAUAAGCAAAAAUUGAUAAAGGAAGCACCGACGCAAAUCAUGAAUUUCCAUAAAUCAAUGCCGCCGCAGUACAAAAAGCCGACAAAAUUGUAUCCCAAAAAGUACGUCGAAGGUUUUAAGCCGAUCCCUAUUCCUGUAUCUCAGUUCGCUGAUGAAAUCUCUGAUGAAAUCCCAAGGGCAAGACCGCUACAGCCUUUCCAUCCAAUUUUGAGUGUAAAAGGUGAAAAUCAGUUAACUUCCGAUGAAAAUAAAGCUUAUUACGAGCAGUACAAAAAGAAACAUGUCAUACAAUAUGAUAAUUCGGCUGAAAAGCAACAUAUUUUAACGGAGAACCCUGAUGAUGAUACGAAAUCAUCUACAGAAGAACAACAAACAUCCGCAAGCCAUUUGAGGAAUCCUGAACGUAACGUUUACCAUGCGCCGCUCCGGCAAGAGCCGCAACGACCAGUUGAAUAUGCUCCACCGCCAGCCGGUGAACGGACAGAAUUUCGUAUGCACGGCAUGAAAGGUCCACACAGCUACCAGUUUGGAUUCGAUACUGGCAAAGGCAAAAAUCGACAAUUUCGGUACGAGGAACGCGAUAAUGACGGUCAUGUUCGGGGUCAUUACGGCUAUAUGGACAGAAAUGGCAAGUUGAGAGUCGUAAACUACGACGCUGAUCCGGAGCACGGUUUUCGAGCAGAAACGCCCGUAGAAAAAGAUCAGUGA